AUGAUGCAGCAGCGUGCGGAGAAAAACGGCUGGACGGUUUGUCUCCCCUGGAUGGAGGGAAAAUCGCUCGUCCCCUCUCACAAGGCCCGCAACACCGCUCGCUCCGAGACCAAUGAUCCCAAUGCCAUCACGGAAGCCGAUGCAGCAAUCAUCGUUCGGGUAGAGGAGGUAGCGAAAAAGCAGGGCUGGACAAUGGGUGAGGUGGCAUUGGCGUGGGCGGAGAAGCGAGUCGCCAGUCCAAUUGUUGGAUUCAGUUCGGUCGAGCAAAUGGAUGAGACACUACAAGGCAAGGAUUAUGUCUUGACGGAGGAGGAAAGGUACCUGGAAGAGCCAUAUGUGCCUAAGCCGGUCGGUGGUCAUGACUGA